AUGAGUAGCGAUGCGGAAUCUGGCGUGAAGAAGAAAAAGUGCAAGUUCUUGCAUAAGAUAAUAGGCCUCGAACGAUACACUUAUACCUUCAUCUGUCUCUCUGCGAGCUUGUCGACGUCCACCUUCAGCUACAAAAGAUGGUACGACGAGAAUCGACGGCACAGUUCUGAGCUAAACGAGGGAGUUGACGAUGAUACCAUGUACAAUUACGAAGAAAUAAACCAUUUGAAACCAACUCGCAUCAACGUCAGCAUGAGCCUCUACCAGAUUCUCGAUGUAAAUUGGUUUGACGAGUUUCUCGACUGGGAUCCUAGGGAGUAUGGUAUGCUUAACAAAACGAUAGUGCCUUAUGAUCAGAUUUGGAUUCCUGAUACCUACCUAUACAAC